CAUAAGAGCCUGUUACAUACAUGGGGAGUCUCUUGUAAAGAUGUCGGAUCGGGAUCACUACUCUCAUCAAGGUGGAUACGGAGGGUACUCUGGGGAUAGGAGAGGUGGCGGCGGUAGCAGGGGACGUGGUCCGCCAAAAGAAUUGCCAACCGAGCCACCUUUUACUGCGUUUGUUGGCAACUUACCACACCACACUGUACAAGGAGAUUUAGACCAUAUUUUUAGUGAACUUCAGAUUGAAAAUAUUCGCUUAGUAAGAGACAAAGAAACAGAUGAUUUCAGAGGAUUUUGUUAUGUUGAAUUCAAGACAUUGGAUGACUUAAAAGAAGCCCUGUCAUACCAUGGUGCCCUUUAUGAAGAUAAUGAAUUAAAAGUAGACAUUGCAGCGGAUCGCAAUCGCGACAGGGGUAAUAGAGGAGGAAUGAGAGGAGGACGAGGUGGUGGAAGAGGAAGAGGAGGAUAUGAUAGGGGACCCCCAAGGGAACAAUACAACAAUUACAGAGGAGGUGGAGCAGGAGGAGGGGGACGUGAUAGAUAUGGUGAUAAAGAUGAUAGGGGCUAUGGCCGACAAAGAGAUGACUACCAAGGGGCCAGUAGGGGAGGAUACUCACGGGGCCCUACACAACAAGAGGAAUUUAAAGAAUUAUCCCCAGAAGAGGCAGCAGCAAGACCACGAUUAAAACUGAAGCCAAGAUCAGUACCAGACCCCGUCAAUCAGUUGGCUUCAGACAUGAAACGAAGUGCGAUUUUUGGUACAGGAAAACCUCGCGAAGAGGCAAAAGAUGCCGAACCAAAAUUUUAGGCAAGAAAGAAGUUGAAUUACAUUUCUCUGAUGGUGUAACAGCGUUUAAAAUCAAAAUACUAUUGUAGUUAUUAUCGUUCCGUUUCUUAUUAAAUGCACACUUCAACGAAACUUUACAUUUAAAAACAAAAAUAAUCUUGCAAUUGGGGUAAUCCUACCUUAAAGUAAAAAAAAAAUGUCAACUGUAUUUUGGCACAGACCACUUUCUUUACAUGGGUUUUAAAGUAUGGAACAUACGCUGACGACGCAGUCCAGAAUUAAUGAGGAAAGGUUUUUGAUAAACUGUCAAUGGAACUGUCUGAAUAUAUUACUUAUAGUAAUGUUAGGAAUGCUGUUUGCAUUGUACAUUUCUUUUCAUCCAAAACAACUCUAUUGUGAGAAAUGUCCAAAUUUUGUGUACGAUGGCGCUUUCCUUGUUGAAAUAAUUGUGGCCAUUGAGUACUUGAAAUUUAACGAGCUGUGGUGGGAUUUUUGCAAAAUUUAAGAACUCAUUUUUAUAAUGAAAUUGAAAUUGCAUGGCAUUGUGUUGUCAUGAUUAUUUUUAUUAUAUAAUUUUUUGAUGUUUGUGUGGAUUUUUAAAGGUGUGUAACUACCAAGGGAAAAAUAAUAAAAAAAAUGUUAAUUCCCCUUUACAUUAAUAAAAGUUUACUCCAUGAAAACCAUUAAAUAUACAGUAUAUAUGCUUUGGCACGUCAUGCCAAUAAACAUAAGGAGGAAACACCACUAUUUUACAUACUAUAAGUAAGGAAGAUUUCAUUCCUGUUACCAGUAUGUGAAACUAGUGUACAUCACCUCAUAUUGUAAUUCCAUGCUUCAAAGGAAGUAGCAGAACGUAGAUAGUUUAAUGCAUGUAUCAUUUAAGCUGUUCUUUUUUUUACUUUUAAAAUGGUCAUUUUUGUUUCCUCAAAAUAUAACAAUUCCUUUGGAGUUGUUUCAAAGAAAUAUUGUGUAUGAUGUGGACAAAUUGUACAAGUUAUAUUUAUGCACAGUUCCAUACUGUUCAUGUAAUAAAUGUACAUAUCUUUGUUGAGACCGUACGGAGAGGAGAUGAAAAAAUAAAUAAAAAUUUAAAAAAAAUAA